AUGGAUGUGUUCACUGGUGCCAAAGUUUUAUCUCCACAGCUCCCAUUUACCAACAACAUUUAUUUGUACUGUGGCAUGCUGACAACUCCCCUUGCAUCACCAAACUCACACCUCUUAGUUUGCGCGCUACCAGAAAAGAGCGGUCCGUUCCUGCUUGAUUGGCUGAUUGGAAGUGAUUCUUGGUCAAAACUACAGCUCAAUCUUAAUGAUUCAGUGAUUAUGCAGAUUGUGGAGUUCAAUGGUCAGUUCAUCGCGAGGGACAGCUACCACAUGCUCUAUACUCUGUCCUUCGCCCCCCAGCUUGGUCUGCAGGAGAUAGCAACUGUGUGGUUGGACGACAUACAUGGAUACCCAUAUACACAGCCAUCGCUGGUGGUAUGUUGCGGCAUGCUUCUAAUUGUUCACUACAGCUUGAGCCUCGCAUCAUCUGGAGCACCUAUCAACUACAAAGCCAACUGCCUGGACAUGUCCACUGAACCUGCAACUUGGGUGGAGGUGGUCAAGCUGGAGAAUGAUGCCCUCUUUAUGGGGCGUGAUGUGAGGAGCCCGGCAUUCUCUUAUAUGAGCCCAGAACGAUGGGGCGGGAGAAGCAACUGCCUGUAUUGCACCCAUGACAGUCAACCCUGGGUCUUGCAUGGGAUGGGUCAUGAUGCAGAUGCAGUUUGGGAUGAUUCCACUGACCCUGACCUUGUGUACAGCAGGGGCCUGUGUCUCAAGCUUCAGCCAUUCUAG